UGACAUUUUCCCCACGUCUGUCGUUUACCUGUCUAAAUUUUGAUGACAUUUCGGUUGUGUGACGAUUUUUAUUUAUCGGGGCGGAUUCGAGUACGUAGUGACUUCAAAUCGAUGUAAUCGCGUAAUCCAGUGCGAAAUAUCGGACUUAGUGCUACCAUUUACGACCAGCCAUAAAUGCGAAAGUAGUGCACCGGGCCAGUGGCUAAAGUGUUCCGUGCAAGCUCCGUGAAAAUCGACCCUGGACCGUGAUUGAAGUUGUUGUGACAGUGCCCGGGAGAAACUAAAGAAAAAAUCGUCACGUACGAAAUGACAAUGGGAGACGAAACCCCAAUUGCUUCGCUGGUUCUGCCAGUCCUCUUGCGCCCGAUUUUAUCCCAGCUUGAAAGACGCGACGUUGCUGCAUCACAAACUCUUCGGGCUGCUCUCUCAAAAGCCGAACAAGCACAUCCUGGACUUUCUUACGAUCUUGUUAUGGGCAUAAUACGUAAAGGCGAAUUAAAUGUAAAUUUGAAUGAAGCCAUUCUAAGACUGCAAGGAUCUGUGACUGAAGUGGACCUAAUCGAAUAUCGACUGAAUCGGACAGAGGAUGCAUUCCAGGAGCUCAAUAAGAAAUCAGCAGCUUUGAAGCGGAUUUUGAGUAGGAUUCCUGAUGAAAUCACAGAUAGAAAGACAUUCCUCGAGACUAUCAAAGAAAUAGCCAGUGCCAUCAAGAAACUCUUAGACGCUGUAAACGAAGUUGUCGGUUUUAUUCCGGGGUCAUCGGGCAAACAGGCCGUGGAACAACGUAAGAAAGAGUUCGUGAAAUUCUCCAAGAAAUUCAGUACGACGCUGAAGGAAUAUUUUAAGGAAGGACAAGCUAAUGCAGUUUUCGUUAGUGCCCUGUACCUGAUUCAUCAGACAAAUCAAAUCAUGAUAACGGUGAAAAAUAAAUGCGAGUAACUUCCGAAAGCAGACUUAACACAUAACAUACAAAAUAUUUUUAAUUGACCAUUAUCCUCGUAUAAGCAUAGAAUAAUUUCACGUCUAUCCGAAAUUUAUUGAAUUGAUGUCUAUAUAUUUGAAAAUAUAAGGAAAAACGUUAGCCACGCAAACUGAUUCCCACAUACAAGAAAAUUUGUAAAGUUAUUGUAACAUGAUCAACGCGAUGCCAAAUUAAUUUGAAUUAUCUAUUUUCCUUUGCUUAUGAUGUAUGUUUGUCUGUUUUUAAUUUAUUGUGUUCGUUUCAAUUCGACUUUUAUUGUAAUCAUAGAUUUGUAUGUAAUAUUAAUAUUAAUAUAUUUGCGAUCGGGGAAACAAAACGAGAACCCUCCUUACGUGUGAAUCGUGAAAAGAAAAAAAAUGUUUCAACUGAACAUAUCGAUUUUUACUUUCUUCCAAUAGUCACCAAACAAAUGUUAUAUUUAAUUAGUAAUAUUAUUAUACAUACAAGUAAAUAGAAAUAGAAGAGUCGUUUAUUUGUUUAUGUACUUUCCACAGUUUCCCUAUGGUUUUAGAAGCCAAGUAAAUUAUAUAGAGACGCAUAUUUGUACUUAGUUGUUACUAGCAGUAUGACAAGACUAGAUGAAAUUUUUAUAUUGCAGCCAGAACAGAAAUAAAACAAAAUUCAUACUAAAAUGAAAAGAUAAGAGUACUGAAUAUGACAACUAUUUUCUAUGUAUUUGAAAUGGAUUGUGAAGAAACCCAGACUAUAUAUUUAUAUAUAAACAAUAUGCAUAAGAGAUUUUUUUAAAACGAGAAAAACCACAAGAGAAAACAUUGUUUUUGUUUUUAAUUUAUGUAUUGAAAAUGGAUUAUACUGUUAAAUUAGUGAAAAAUUAAAAAGUAAAUUGAAAUCUAAAA